AUGACCAUGGAUACACUGCCGUACAAAACCCUAAAGCAGGCCGCUACGUAUUCUAACAUCCGUUUAGGCCAUAGGGAUACAGUGACUAGGAAAGAGAGUGGGGGAGUGGGGGAGGUGGGGAGGAAGGAAAAUCAACCUUUCACCUCCUCUUUAAGAACAUGCUCGUCAACAGCCAAAUCAUUCACAGUGGAAGAUAUGUUAUCAGCUCCUAGACCACAAAUACCUAUCAUCAAUCCUGAUAAAACGAAAGCUUUGAUUUUAGUAGAUCAUUGGGAUUCAAAGAAAGAUAUUUUCCAACGUAACCUUCAUCUUCUAAAUCUCAACACCUCCUCAUCUCCUUCAACACCUCUAUUACUUUCUUCUUCCCAAGAAGAACUUACGAACCCACUAUGGUUAACCAAUCAUACUAUUGGAUAUCUGAACGGAUCUAUUUUCUUCACUCUCAACAUCUCCCUUGACACUGUCUCGACGACUAAGGAAUCACUUUCGGAUACUGCAUCAACCACUCAGGCAUCAAUUUCGGAAUUACAGAUCAUCAAGGAUGAAUACGAGUACUCUAAAAUAUUGAUAGACUCAUCAUAUGAACAAGUGAAAUCAGGAAUUAUUAAGGAUGGACCGAAUGAAUUAUUCAGAUUCCCCAAAGGUAUAUCUCCAUCUGAUUUGAAAUACGACCGUAGUAGAGAGAUCAUACUUUUUUCAGGACAAGUUUGGGAUAAUGGGGGAUUUGAAGAUGUUGAAAAGAAGGAUAAAGAGUUUGAAGAGAGAGGGAAUAGUGGGAUGGUUUUUGAUGAUUUGUUUAUUAGACAUUGGGACAGAUGGAGAAUACCUGGGAAAACUUGGACCAUAGGUUUGGUCAAACUCUCCUCGACUGAUCCAUCUCCGAAAUUUGUCAAUAUCCUUCGAGAUACAAAAGCUAUCUCUCCAAUGGAUCCAAUAGAAUAUACAAUCUCACCUACCCAUCUAGCGAUAAAUAUCAAACCUUGGCAUUUACCCCCAGCUCAACAUACCAGAACCGAUAUCCACUUACUACCAUUCACGACCAUUCCCACCACCCCUAUCCACCUUACGCCAUAUACGCACGGAGCAAUUUCUUCCCUUUCUUUUUCUCCCGAUGGGAAGGUUCUCGCAUGGUUGGAAAUGAUGAAAGAUGGAUAUGAAUCAGAUCGUAAUAUUGUCAAAACGUAUAAUCUCUCAGAUGAAACGAUAACGAUUUGGACGGUGAAUUGGGAUAGAUCACCUUCUUCUAUUUCUUGGUCUUUGGAUUCUACUUCUUUGUUCCUUUUGGCUGGAAAUGAAGGGAGGGUUUUACCUUUUCAUCUCGUAAAACCGGGUUCCACACCUAUACCACUGUGGGAUGAACACUCGGCAAAUUCAAUCGUACAGGUAUCCAAGAACAAGUUGAUGGUGUCAAUUUCGUCAUUUUACCACCCAGCGCAAGUGUAUCUCCUCAACCUUGAUCCUCAAGAAGAAACACGUCAUCAAUCUAAUGACUUUCUCAUUCCUAAUCCGAUUGGAGAGUCUUCAGAUAAACUUGUCAAUAACAAUACUUUACACUCUCUGACAAACUUCUCUUCGCACAUCGCCGAUAGUCUCAGAGGUGUGGAGGUGGAAGAACUUUGGACAAAAGGAACAGAUCAUUAUUCAAUCAUGUCAUGGAUCCUCAAACCUCCCGGAUGGCAAGAUCAGAAACAACAGACAUAUCGAUGGCCUAUGGUUUUUUGGGUACAUGGUGGACCUGAAAGUGCUUGGGAAGAUGAAUGGAGUACUAGAUGGAAUGCUGCCUUGUUUGCUAAGAAAGGAUACUGGGUUGUGGCUGUUAAUCCUACGGGAAGUACAGGGUAUGGACAAGAAUUUACAGAGCGGAUUAAAGGGGAGUGGGGAGGAAAACCUUAUAAAGACCUUUUGGCGGUCUAUCAAAAUGUUCUUGAAACAUAUCCAGAAAUCGACCCACAACGUACCGCCAUGCUAGGAGCCAGUUACGGUGGUUAUAUGGCUAAUUGGAUAAACGGACAUAACGUCUUUGGUUUCAAAGCUAUUGUAUGUCAUGAUGGGAUCUUUGAUACUCUCAGUACAUAUUAUACGACCGAGGAACUAUGGUUUCCCACGGAGGACUUCAUGGGAACACCUCUUAGUUCAAGGUCGAAUUAUGAAAAAUGGAAUCCAAUGAAUCAUGUAUCUGAAUGGAAUACACCGGAGUUGGUCAUUCAUUCUGGGAGAGAUUAUCGAUUAGUAGAUGGUCAAGGUUUUGCUACCUUCACAGCUCUUCAAACUCAAGGUGUCCCAAGUCGAUUACUAUACUUUCCUGAUGAGAAUCAUUGGGUUUUAAAACCGCACAAUUCAGUGAAAUGGCAUCACGAAGUAUUCCGUUGGUUAGAAGAAUGGAUCGGUGUCGGUCCUACCUCUUGA